AUGGCAGGUCGAUUAACAAACGUAGCAUCACAAAUCUUAGGCGGAAACGGCGUCGUUCACCGAUCGGUAGCUUCCUCUCUUCGCCUCCGCUCCGGCAUGGGUCUCCCCGUCGGCAAACACUAUGUCCCAAACAAACCCCUUCCCGUGAAUGAGGAACUUACAUGGGACAACGGUACUGCAUAUCCCGAACCUUGUAUAGAUCGCAUUGCUGAUACGGUUGGAAAGUAUGAAGCUUUGGCUUGGCUAUGUGGAGGAUUGAGCUGUUUUGGGGCUCUGGGAUUAUUGGCUGUGUGGAAUGAUAAAGCCUCUAAGACACCAUUUGCACCCAAAGUAUAUCCCUAUGACAAUCUGCGAGUGGAGCUUGGUGGUGAGCCAUAA